AUGUUCAACAAUAGAUUAGCCCAGUUAAGAACAAAACAACACGUCACUAUUGUCAUCAAUAGUUCCGGUAACCGUACGCUUGGAAUCAUAGUAGAUAGAACAGUAUUUGAGCUAAACAAGCCUGUUUGUCCGAUACAGUUCAAUCCAUAUUAUUGUGAAGUCCCUGCGUUAGAAAUACUGAUAUGCGUCUGCCUGCCAUACCAUAAUAAAUAA